AUGGAGCCUCCGGAGCAGAGCGUCUCUCUUGACGACCCGUCGUCUCCCAGAUCCUCUAUUUCCUCCACACAACGCGAGAUUUGGCCAGGUCCCUCUGCCACAGCUAACCUUGGACAAGGUCACCAGCGUUGCCCAUCAGGGCCAUCACUACACAGCCAGCAGCAGGAGCUGCAGCAUCAACACCAAGAACGCCGACCCACAGCCUCGCCUUCGCCUUCGCCUGCCGGUGCCCACUCUCACAAAAUUUCGGCAUCCUCCAUAGCAGCCUCCAACGCCAGCAGGCAGAGCCGUUAUGUUGACUCUGUCCCCUCCGAGACCAAUGCUGAGCCCUUCUCCUUCCCUAUUGCCUCGCAACCAACCCCGAUUCCUGUAAAAGGUGCUCAUUCUCCUUCCUGGCAUUCUCGACCCCAAUCCGGUAUAUCAGACGCCGGCAGCGACGUGCUCGUCUUUGGAGAGCCACACCCUUCGCCAACACAUUCCGACAUCUUGCGGAUCCGCGCUGGGCUCAACGCAGAGAACGCUGCUCACGUGUGGUUGCCGGAACCCUCCUUGACGGCGCGGUCUUCCCUGUCCGACUUGCAGUCCAGGCGCCUGUCCAGUACUUCGAUAUACUCUCUUGCUUCCGCGAGGGGCAUCAUCAACUACUCUUCUUCGGCCCACGGUUCUGAUUCAGGAACACUGUCGCGGUCGGUUUCUGGCCUCAUGUCGUCAAGCAAAGGAGCAUCUGCCGGCACACCGCCAGAGCCUGGUCUGUCCACUGCGGCCGCUGCAACGUCGUCUCCAAAUGGAUCCAACCCCAACGGCCAGCACAACCUCGCCACGAGAGAUGCUACCUCGCAACCCCUCGAUUUGAUGAGAAGAAACCAGCGAACCGACUCCAAUAUGCGAGCCCAACCCGAUAGAUCUCGUAGCAGAGCCAAGAGGCGUUUCAGUGGGAGCACCGCAACUAGCACCCAUAGCCAAGGAAGCGACCGUGGUGCGCACCGUGAAAAGGAAGAGGCAAAACCUGCCCCUUGGGGCACAAUCGGUAUUUGUGCCUUGGAUAUCAAAGCAAGAAGCAAACCUAGCAGAAACAUUCUCAACCGUCUUAUUGCGAAUCGGGAUUUCGAUGUCGUCGUAUUUGGUGACAAGGUUAUUCUCGACGAAGAGGUUGAGAAUUGGCCCAUGUGUGACUAUUUAAUUUCUUUCUACUCCGACGGAUUCCCACUUGAAAAGGCCAUCGCAUAUGUCAAGGCACGAAAACCAUUUUGCGUCAACGAUGUGCCUAUGCAAAAGGUUCUAUGGGACCGGCGUGUCUGCCUCCGCCUUCUCGACAUAAUCCAAGUUCGCACGCCAAAACGGUUGGAAGUGAAUCGUGAUGGUGGCCCGCAAGUCUUGACACCAGAAAUGGUGAAGCACAUCAAAGACAUUUCUGGCAUAACCAUAGAGCCCGCAGACGCUACGACAGCGAUCCGGCCGUCAAAGGUUGAGCUACUUGACGAUGGCGAUACGCUGAGUGUGGACGGUCGUGUCUUGAAAAAGCCUUUUGUCGAGAAGCCGACCAGCGGUGAAGACCAUAACAUUAUCAUUUACUUCGCGAAAAGUUCCGGGGGCGGCGCCAGAAAAUUGUUUCGAAAGAUUGGCAACAAAAGCUCAGACUAUGUUGCGGAUCUCACGAUACCUAGGGCAAUCACUGAGCCAGAAGGGAGUUUCGUAUACGAGAGCUUUAUGCAAGUAGACAAUGCCGAGGAUGUGAAGGCAUACACUGUUGGGCCCAACUAUUGCCAUGCAGAAACUCGCAAGUCUCCGGUAGUAGAUGGCAUCGUCAGGCGAAACACUCAUGGCAAGGAGUUGCGCUACGUGACUAGUCUCAGUAACGAGGAGAGAGAUGUGGCAAGCCGAAUCUCAACGACAUUUGGACAGCGUGUCUGCGGGUUUGAUCUGCUCAGGGCAAUGGGAAAGAGCUACGUAAUCGAUGUCAACGGCUGGAGUUUUGUCAAGGACAAUGACGAUUACUACGAGCAUUGUGCCAAUAUUCUCCGAGAUCUCUUUGUCAAGGACAAGCUACGUCGAGGAGGGGCAACACCACCCUUGCCUUCUCCAGAAACAACAGACCUGGACCCGAUGACCAAAAUCGUACAGCAGGGCAGGGAGCGCGAACAACAGUCAGGGCCUGCGUCCUCAUCCACGUCGAGAUCUACAAGGGGACAUGCAACAACGACGGAGCCUCAAAAUGAAGAUUCUGGCCAGAAACUCUCCGGCGAAACAACAUCCCCUCGUCCCGAGAGCACUUUCAAUUCAACCGUUCCAAGCACCUCCGCGAGUCCCCUUCUUCCGCCACCUUCAGAGAUUGCCUUGCCCGGUAGUUCUACAGCUGCCUCAUCUGUUCAGUCCGCACCUAUAUCUGCUCAACCAACGCAAGCACCAAGUGAAGAGACGCCAACCCAACCACCACCCCCGCCUAAGCAUUCUUGGAAGUUGAAAGGAAUGGUCUGUGUCAUCCGACAUGCUGACCGUACGCCAAAGCAAAAAUAUAAGUUCACGUUUCAUACUGAUCCAUUUAUUGCCCUUCUUAAAGGUCACCAGGAAGAAGUGCUCCUCAUAGGGGAAGCUGCUUUGGCAAGCGUGAUUCAGGCUGUCGACGUAGCGUAUGAGGCUGGCAUAGAGGACCGGGGGAAACUCAGGGCUCUUCGCAAUGUACUAGUGAAAAAGGGCAGCUGGGCAGGCACAAAGGUGCAGAUCAAGCCAAUGUUCCGGAAAAAGAGGCUUGAUGAAGUAUCAACCUCUAUCGAGGUGCCGGCGGUACUGGACAUGGCCGAAUCCCCCCCAGAAAGGAAAGGUAGGGCAGGGGAGUGUGAUGGCAGUGAAUGCACACCACGGUCUAGCUCCAAACGACAUGAUUCCCUUUCUGGUGUCACCAUGUCCAAAUUCACAGCUGCUGAGGAAAGCUUGGUCCUUGACAAACUUCAGCUUAUUGUCAAGUGGGGUGGGGAGCCAACACACUCAGCACGAUACCAAGCACAAGAGCUGGGGGAAAAUAUGCGCAAUGACUUGAUGCUCUUGAAUAGGGAUGUUUUUGACGAAAUUCAUGUCUUUAGCAGCUCCGAACGACGAGUGAGCGCAAGCGCUCAAAUUUGGGCUUGCUCGUUCCUGGACCGAAACGACUUGCCUGAAGACUUCAUCACUACGCGAAAGGAUCUACUGGAUGAUUCAAAUGCUGCCAAAGACGAAAUGGACAAAGUAAAGAAGAAGUUGAAGGGCCUACUCCGCAAGGGCAACGAGCGUCCAGCCCAGUUUACCUGGCCCGAAAAUAUGCCUGAACCCUCCGAGGUCCAAACUCGGGUGGUUCAACUCAUGAAUUUCCACAGGCGUGUCAUGCAAUACAACUACGGCAAGUUGUACAAUGGUGCGGCUUCGUCGCUCGGCGCCAAUUCCAACGCAAGCUCAGAGAGGUUAAGCAUGGAAGGUUCCUCGGCAUCAAUUUCGUCUCUCUCACAUGCGAACGCUGUCAACGGUAUCCAAUCCCGAUGGUGCAGCGGCGAGGACGCUGAGCUGUUCCGUGAACGAUGGGAUAAGCUGUUUUCUGAAUUUUGCGAUGGUGAUAAGGUAGACCCUAGCAAAAUUUCAGAGCUUUAUGAUACGAUGAAAUUCGACGCACUUCAUAACCGACAAUUCCUAGAAUGGGUCUUCACGCCACCGAAAAGCAUGUUGGAGGAUGAGUACUCUCAAAUGGAGGGAAAGCAGAAAGAUAUCGAUGAGGCCAAAGCUUCCGAAGAUGCAAAAGGUGAGAAGGGCCAGAACGGUAGCUUUGACGGUUCUGACAAGACAGACGCUGCAAAUCGAUCUGUCAAGAAGCUGUUCCGCAGACGAUCGUUCCUAAACAGCCUCAGACACACGAAUGAUGAAGCUUUGCCCGAACAGUACUUCCGAUUGUACAAAGGGGCCAAUCAGACAGCCAUGAAGUCCGAUCCGCGCACCGAACCUUUGCAGGAAUUAUACAGAUUAGCAAAGGUGUUAUUUGACUUCAUUUGUCCUCAGGAAUACGGUAUUUCCGACAGUGAGAAGCUCGAAAUUGGAUUGUUGACGUCUCUUCCACUUCUGAAGGAGAUCGUUCAGGACUUGGAAGAGAUGCAAGCAUCUACCGAUGCUAAGGCUUUCUUCUACUUCACCAAAGAAUCCCACAUCUACACCCUGCUCAACUCCAUCAUCGAGGGUGGCAUCGAAACGAAAAUUAACCGCAGCACGAUUCCCGAGCUGGAUUACCUGUCCCAAAUCUGUUUUGAGCUUUACGAAUCUGAGACCAAAGCACCAGCAGAGAGCGCGCUUGGCGAUGAGUCGACAUUUACGUACAGCAUCCGUAUCACGAUCAGUCCUGGUUGCCACGUUUUCGAUCCCCUGCACGUGCAGCUCGACAGCCGGCAUUGCAUUGGCUGCGCCCCGAGACGCAGCUUGACUCCACACAUAGACUGGCUGCAAGUCAUCAAGACACUUCGCGCCAAAUUCAACCAGUAG